GACGUCAUCAGCACGCACCGUCGGUUGGUUCGCUGUUGCAGCGCGGGAAGCCGAAGUAAACAGAGCUGUGGUGGAUCUUGAAAGUCUAGAUAAGCGCUGUUCUUGGAGCGGAUUGUUGGCCGGUUCGCAGCAGGAUGGUUCAGAUUAUCCUUCGCGGCAGCGUGAAUGGCGCCACCCCCGCGGAGUGGCUGUUGGUGGAGCUGCAAGGAGAGAUGGUGUCCAGACACAAUGCCGGCCUGGCAGGAAACGUGAUGGGAGACCUUCUCUACACCAAGGAGGGGGUGCCAGUGCUGAUCGUAGGACAUCACAUUCUCUACGGGAAGGUGGUCAAACUGGAGAAACCCUUCGCCGUCCUCACCAAGCAAGUGGCGCAUACACAGGAUGGCAGCGCUGCUGAUGUCGAUCCGGUUACUAUGGAAACAGACCAGCAAGGUCCCGCCUCCACGUCUUACUCUGUGUCAGCGCUCAUCAGACGGAAACUGAUCUUUAAGACUCGACCCAAACCCAUCAUCACUAAUGUGCCAAAGAAAGUCUAGGAUCUGAACUAGUCUGAACUGGUCUGAACUGAUCUGAACUGGUCUGAACUGAUCUGAACUGGUCUGAACUGAUCUAAACUGGUCUGAACUGA